CUGGGCCAGCCCAGGAGCUUCUUCCAGGUCAACCACAGGGGACACGGGCCUUUAUGCUGCUUUCUCAGGCACAUUAUUAGCAGGGAGCUGGACUGGAAGUGGAACAGCUGGGAUACAAAAUGGAGCCAGUAUUGAGAAGGUGGUGCCACAGGUGAGGCAGUGGGCUGCGCCAUGGCACUGCUUCCUUAACUUCCCUCAGCCAGGGAAGUGGAGAAAUAGUAGCUGCGCUAGCCUAGGUGUUUGAAAGUUUCACAGCUACAAGUUGGAACGAAACCAGUUUUCUAAGAUAGGGACUAAAUUAUGCUGUUAGCUGGGAGAGGACUAACCAUGGUAUUGACACAAGUUGUAUUUCUAAUUCAGAGGGUAGGUGUAGAUUCGUGUCAUUCUGGAAAGCAAGUCUACAGAAAAAUGGGGUUCCUAAAGUUCUGGAGAUUGUACAGACAAGCCAGAUUUCUGAGAAUGGUGCAGAAACCUGACAUGGAAACUUUGGCCAAAUAAGAACACCAUAAAAACCCCUUCUCUGUUUGCAGUUACCACUGUCAUUUAAAAAAUAGAUUUAUUUGCUUAUUUGAGAGAGUUAUAAAGGGAAAGAGAGAUCUUCCAUCUGCUGGUACACUCCCGAAGUGUAUCAGCAAUGGUUGGGGCUGGGCCAGGUGGAAGCUCUUCUUUAAGAGUGGCAAGUUGCCAAAGUAUUUGGACCAGAUUGCGUUGUUUUUCCCAGUUGUGUUAGUAGGGAGCUGGAUCGGAAGUGGAGCAGUGGGGAUAUUGGGACCAAGGUGGUGGGUGGCUUCGUGUGCUUAUGCCAUGUCACUGGCCCCGUAUUUUUUAAAAGGGUAUUGUAAUACCUUAAAAACAGGGCUUCAGACAGGUGGCAGACCUUAUUCAUAUUGAGAUUAAUCUAUAUGAUUUUGUGUAAAACUGAUUGAAUUGUUUCCAUUUUUCACUUAGCUGUUGGCCAGUGAAAAUGGUGUUGUCAGUUUGAGUGCCUGCUGUUGCUCAGUUUACAAUACUGCCUGGGAUAUUGGCACUUGCAGACACUUCUUGACUGAGUAAAUGGUUGUAGGAGCCCGGCCGAUAAGUCGGCUAUUCAGAUACCAUUUAGUAUGUGGUGAGCAGAGCUGCUUGACGCUGUUCAGAGUGGAUGGGUCUGUCCUUAGCACCAUAGCGUUGCGAAGCUGGCAGUGGAAGGGCCUGUAGUUAAAGCAACUAGGUAGAGUAGACUCGUGGAAUGCAGAUGUCUGGAAUGUUCUUUCUGUUAGCUCACACAGGUUGGUUACUUGCCUAUAUGUUUAUCUUCCAUUGUGAUUGCAACAAAGAAAAGACUAAAAUGAAGAUAAAACACUCCAGCCUUCUUUUCUUUGCCCUAAUCUUUGAUCUGCAGCCUCGGAACAGCUCACUUAAAGAUUAUUCAAAAUGGAAGAUAACACAGGAGUAGCAGUGUUUUGGAACUCUCUAGAAGGGAAGAGUCCGCAGGCCUUGCUCCUGGAGGAAGUGCACACAGGAGCAAGUAUGGUUCCUGCAUGGGCUGUGGAGGGAGUGCAGUGCAGGCUUAGCUGACUUUAGAUUUCAGAGUUGUUGAGAUGUUGAAAAGAGCAAUUUCCUGCCCGUGCUACGAAGGAGCAGUGUGUUGGUGAAAAUUAGCUUCUGACCCUGGGUGUGCAGAGUGGAAUCCAGCAGGCCCCACUCUAGCUGGCCCUCGCCCGUGUGAAAGGGGGUGACAUUCGCUGAUGAGACACUGAGCAUGUUGAGGGCUUCUUCAGCGUGCACAUUCUCCAGGUUGCUGUGUGUGCAUGCGUGUGCUUGCUUCCUUAUUCCUUGUUUGGGCUGGAGCUGAGAGGACGGAGAUGUGGGGGUUGCGAACCCCAGGAUGGUGGGGGUUCUCUGGGACGUCCGAGGAGUCCUGGUUUCCAGAAGGGGCAGUGUUGCUCACCUCUGGGUGUCAUUGGGGUGUUGAUAAGACAGUUUCAGGCUCUGGCUUCCUGAAGUGGCCUGUCAUCUUGUGUGAUCCUUUGGGCUGUCUGGCCUUGCGGAGGGUCUGUGUAAGAUACGCGUGUGUUUUAGGGGCCGUUUCAGAUUUGUUUGGCUGAAUCUAAUAGUUGUGUCCAAGAAUUUCCAGAUUGUAGAUUUUGGUUUGGUAGCACACCAUGUCUUCAAGUUUCUUAACUGGGUGAGAGUGUUGAUUUAGUAAGUGUUGCUGACUCAGAUGAAAUGCUAGUGGUUUAAUUAACAAAUGUGUGUAACAAGACGCACGGUGUGUUGGAAGGGAAGCAGCUGAGCGGAGGGCCUCUUAACGUGGCAGGGCGGCCCUGCGUCUCCUCCAGCGGCCUUCUGGAUGCGGCUGACCACUUCUAUUUUCGCCCUAGGUGUUGCAGAUCCCAUCUCUGCAUUGCUGCAAUUGACUUGUUACUCAGAGGAGUCACCUGCUCCAUGGAGACGACGAGAACUAGUGCUUCGUACUGAUUCCUACUUGAACCCAAAUCCCGGGAGUGUUCAUGCCUUGUCUGCGGAGUCUCCAUCGGCGAGCUUCCACAAACUCCCAAAGAGAAGUGCCAGGAGCACACACUUGCUUUUGAGCUUUUGUCCUAAUCACUUGCUCCAGUUGUGCAAACCGGGGCUGCUGGAGGUGGGAGCGACAAGUCUUACAAGUGGCCUUAUUCCAGUCCCAGAAGUCCCUGAGUAGCAGAUUGAGAUUCUCUGCACAGUCCCCAGCGCAGCAGGAAACAUGCCCACACAGUCACUCCUCGUGUACAUGGACGGGCCAGAAGUCAUCGGCAGCUCCCUGGGCACCCAGGUGGAGAUGGAUGAUGCCAUGCUGAUACGAGGGGCGGCCGCCGUUCCCUUCCGAGCCACGCAGGAGCGCAGCAUCAUCCAGGUGGAGGGCUGCGUGCCGCUGGACUGCAUGUUCUGCAGUCAGUCCUUCAGCCACUCCGAGGACCUCAGUAAGCACGUGCUGCUGCAGCAUCGGCCCACCCUCUGCGAGCCGGCUGUCCUGCGGGUGGAAGCCGAGUAUCUCAGCCCUCUGGACAAGAGCCAGUUAUGUGCCGAGCCCCCAAAGGACAAGAAUUGCAAGGAAAACGAGGACUUGAGCUGUGAAGUGUGCGGGCAGACGUUCCGAGUGGCAUUUGACGUCGAGAUGCACAUGAAGAAACACAAGGACUCGUUCACUUACGGGUGCAGCAUGUGCGGCCGGAGGUUCAAGGAGCCAUGGUUCCUCAAGAAUCACAUGCGGACUCACAACGGCAAGUCGGGGGGCAGGAACAAGGCGCAGCCAGGCCUGGAGAGCCCGGUGACCAUCAACGAGGUGGUCCAGGCACACGUGGCUGGGACCAUCUCGUCUCCUUACAAAAUAUGCAUGGUUUGUGGCUUUGUAUUUCCCAAUAAAGAGAGCCUGAUGGAGCACAGCAAAAUGCACACCAAAGAAGCUGCUCCCAGUACCAGCAGCGCACAGAGCGCCGCCCAGCCGGAGGGCACACCAGCUCCGCGGGAGGAAGAGUUCCUGCAGCUUUUAAACUUGAGACCAAAAUCGUAUGCUGAGUGCGCCAAGAAGCCGGUGAAGUGCAUACCUCAGCUCGACCCGUUCACCACCUACCAGGCUUGGCAGCUGGCUACCAAAGGCAAAGUCGCCGUUGCCCAAGAGGAAGUGAAGGAAUCUGGCCAAGAAGGAAGUACUGACAAUGAUGAUUCUUGCUCGGAGAAAGAAGAACUGGGAGAAAUUUGGAGUGGCAGCAAGUCCGAAGGCCCUGGGAAGUCCAGAGCGAAAGCCGCCUGUGCGGGGCUCUCGCAGGAGAAGGAGAAGCCGAGGCACUCGAGUGGCGACGCGCCUCUGGGGGACGCAGACCCCAAACUGUCCGCCAACAAGGAGAAGCCCACGCACUGCGCCGAGUGCGGCAAGGCCUUCCGCACCUACCACCAGCUAGUCUUGCACUCUCGCGUGCACAAGAAGGACAGGAGAGCGGAGGCCGCGUCGCCAACCACGUCCCUGGACGGAAGGCAGCCCGGCACCUGCUCGCCAGAGCUCGCCGCCAACCUGGACGAAGGCGGAGCUGCGGACCGGGGUGAAGGCGCCUCCGAGGAUGGCUCAGAGGACGGGCUUGCCGACGGGCUGCACCUGGGUGAAAAACCGUACAAAUGUGAAUUUUGUGACUAUGCUGCAGCGCAGAAGACGUCUCUGCGGUACCACUUGGAGAGACACCACAAGGACAGACAGGACGCUGCUGCCGAGGGCAAGGGGGACGGCAAGGGCCACGAGCCCGAGCACGCGCUCGCCACCGCUGACUGUGCGCAGACCAAAAAUUUGAAAAGGUUUUUUGAUGGUGCCAAAGAUGCCAAAGGCAGCCCACCUGCCAAGCAGCCCAAGGAGAUGCCUUCUGUGUUCCCAAAUGUUCUGGGCAGCUCUGUCCAGUCGCCAGCACACAGGGAUACUCAGGACCUCAGUAAGCAUGUAGCCGAGGACAGUACCGAGAGCGCGGACAAAGCUGCUACCCCUGCCUACUUGGACUUGCUCAAGAAGAGACCCGCAGGGGAAGUUCAGGCCAGUAGCCCUGCGUGCAAGGUGGGUGCAGGCGUGGCUCCGCCCACAGACGGCAGCGCCACCCGCCGUGCUCACGGCAACUAUGGAGACAAGCUGGAGGCUGCAGGAGCUGGCAGGUGCCAGCCUGGCCCGGAGUGGCAGGAGAAGCCUUUGAACUUGUCCCUGGGGCCUCUACACAGUUGCCCUGCAAUUUCUUUGAGUAAAAACUUAAUCCCAAGUAUCACCUGCCCGUUUUGUACCUUCAGGACCUUUUACCCUGAGGUCCUGAUGAUGCACCAGAGGCUGGAGCACAGAUACAACCCCGACUCCCAGAAGACCUGCAGGAGUAAGGCGCUGCUCCGGAGUCGCCGGACCGGCUGCCCGCCGGCACUGCUGGGCAAAGAUGUGCCUCCCUUGUCUGGCUUCCAUAAACCUAAGCCCAAGCCAGCCUUCCCAGCGCAGCCCAAAUCCCUGCCAUUGGAGAAAGCCAAGCAGAGCCCCUUGGGGCCGGGCAAAGCCCCUCUGGCCUCAGGGACAGACUCCAGCACUUUAGCCCCGAGUAACCUGAAGUCGCACAGGCCGCUGCAGAGUGCCGGGGGCUCCGGGGCUGCCAUCCCCAGGCCGCAGCAGCCCGAGAUGUUUGUGAAGACCAGUGCUUGUCCCGCGCCUGAGAAGGCAAGACGAGCCGAGGUGAAACUGAAGCCUGUGGCAGCCGCUGCGCCUCAGCCCGUGCCUGGCAGCAGCGGCCUCAGCGGCUCGGGCGAGUGCGCUGCCAGGAGCGAGAGCCCGUGGGCCCCUCAGGGAAGGGACUGUUUCAGUCACCGGAGUGCAGGUGGCAGCACUGUGGAGUUAACCGAGCCGCUGCCCAAAAGACUGAAAUCCAACGUGGUCACGCUUGACAUUGACCUGCCUGGGCCCAACUAUAAGAGAGGCUACGACGUGCCCAAGUACCACGUCGUCAGGGGCAUCACGUCGCUGUUGCCACAGGAGUAUGUGUGCUCAUCGCCGUUAACCCCCAAACCCAGGUUCCUGGGUGCUGCCGAGCUCGAGUCUUCCAGCGUGCUGACUGUGCAGAAGUCCCAUGGCAGCGCGGGUCCCCUGUACCCGUGUGCACCUGUCAGCAGCCCCGGCCCCAGCGCGGCGUUGGAAGGGAAGAGGCCCGUGUCCUGCCAGCAACUGUCCAGCAGCGCGCUGCAGAAGAGGAACUAUGAGAACUUUGGGAAUGCACAUUACCGACCAAAUGACAAGAAAACUUGAAUUUCCAUUUGGGGAGAAGGUCUCGAUGGACGUAACUGCGUACUCCGUGAAGUUGAAUUUUAGUUCAUCCUUUGGGAAAGCGAAUGGUGAAAGCUACUGACAUAAGCUGUGACCGUACUGUACAUACAACAGACAAGGAACCAUGCAAGGAACACUACAGUUUUGUAAAGUUGUUCUGUUAACUUUUGUACCAAAUAGCAAUAAAAACGAGUUGGAACAGUUGGCUAAACACAGAUGGGGACUACAGGGCUCUAUUUGUCCCUGAAGAAUAUUUUAUUUUUUUUUUAAGAGUUGACCAAAUAAGUGGAGUUUUUGCAUACUUGAGCGCUGCUGAAAAGAAAUCCUUUGGGUUGGGAGGUGGGGUGGGGAGAGUGUAUGAUGCUUGCACCUCAGGUAGACUGUAAAUAUCUCCUUUGUAACCGCUCGUCCCGGGCCGCGUCUCCCUCUUCUCACGUCGUCGCUUUGAGCAGUUUCUGCUGUUUGCGCUCUUUCGUUUCAAUGUAUGUUUUUUAAAAAUUCCCAGUGAUUUGUGUUAUGUUGAAUCUUGUACAAUCUUUGUUGUCUUUAACAAAAGGGUCAACAGAAGCCUCGGCUCCAUGAGGUCUGCGGUGGUCGGGCUGCUCUCUGCCUGCUCCGGGGCCUCCUGGGCGCGGGUCUGGGGGCCCUGAAGGAUGGCUCCCUGUCCGUAGAGCCACCCUGUGCCAGGAGCCACCGAAACUGCAGCUCCUGAAAAUGAAUCGUUUCUGUUAGAAAAUUCAGUUUGGGGGGAAGGGGAUGAGUUUGGCUACAUUCGCAUAUGACAGUUUACCAUCCACAAGUACAUAAUGCGAAUUGCAAAUAUUGAGAAGGAAGCAAUUUUAAAGGGAACGGCAGAUUAUUUUGGGAAAUUUUAGGUUUGUGUGUGGCAAUCUUGCUGUGUCUGGCGGGUGAGGCAUUCACCUUGGACAGGCGCGUUGGUGCUGUGGCUGAGUCUCCAGGACCUGGGAGAAGCCUGGCCGUGAGACCCCGUCUCCACACGCCCCUGCCCGGGGUUUAGAGACUGCUGCCUCCGGCUGGCCGUGCCGCGUUUUAGACUUGUUCCCUCCACGUGCUGUCCGUGUGCUCACGGGGAGUGAGCCAGCCACAAGAUAUUUUAUUAAGAAACUGUUUUGAAAAGGAAAUUUGCACUGUUGGUUUCCCCUGCCCUGUGCUUCUCCGUAGAGCAAAGGGAAAAGGCCUCAAGAAUCCUAGUUUUUUUUUCCUUAUGCAAUGUGGGGAGUCCCUCACGGAAGUUUUCACUCCCGUGUUAAAGGGAGACCUGGUUUGGUGAGUCUGCUGGCAUUGCAACGAAGUGCUUUGCGUCAGGAAAAUGUACACUAUAUACCUGUUUUCCUGUCCACAAGCUGAGCCAUAUGUACAUAAUCUAGAUUUUGUUUUCAUAGUUUUGCACUUUUAUAGCCUAUUUUUGAAAAUUAACACAUUUUUGCAAGAUGAUUGACUCAAUCUACGUAAUCUGAUGAGUUUCAGAGAGCUUGCCGUGACCGUAAAUGUAAAGCUUAAAAGAGGGGAUAUAAAUGGAGGGCUGAAACGUAAACCUGUAUUUUAAAAAAAAAAAAUCACCAAAUCUAUUUAAAAACAAAGUACAUUUGUGUUAAUGCUGAAAUUUCUGGGCUUUCACAUAUUUCUUUUCUAGCCACAUUCUGAAUAUAUAAAAAUAUCAAUUUUUUUUCACAGCCCUUUGUAACUUCAAAAAAAAAAGUUUUUUUGUCCAUCAGUAUUAACUAUUGGGAUACUACUGGUUCUCUAUGUUUUUAUUUCUUUGAGACAGCAGUUCAUGUAAUAGAGGUACAAUGCGUUGGAUUUUUGUUUAUGUAUUUAUUUCAUUCCAGUUUGAUUUAUUUUAAUUGUUGAUACUUAAGUUGUCAAACAGUAGACAUUACUUGUUUUAUUUAUGAUAUAUUUCAGCUUAAAGUUAUGUUAUUAUAUGUGGAUGUAAAUAGAGAUUUGGUGUUUUGCAAUCUUGAGUUUGGGUCGUCUUUGUGUUUCUGGUUUCAUGGUUUAUAAAGACAGCUUUGGAAACUGUGGUGCCGUGGGUUAACCUGAGCCUCAGGUG